ACACGGAAUUAUCUAUUCAGUAGUGCUGUUGUUUUCGUGUGUACACUAGAGGACCCUGAUUCAGUACGACGGGGCGAAAAUGGAAUCGUAGUUUUGAUGUUCACCUUGGUGCAGACGAAUUCGGGAAUUGAAGUAUUCUUGAAUCCUAUCAGAUUGUGGAGCAUGGAAAACCAAAAAAGCUAGUGUGUUGUUGUUUUCGUUGAGGCCAAGCAUAGUUUUGAACCACUGUACGUGUUGCACAAGUGAGAUUCCGUCUUUCACGGUAGCAAGUUGAUGACACUGAACCGGAGUGUUUUAUUUGAUAUCGUCGGUGGUUGGCGUAUGGCUGUGGUUGUUGUUACUGACGCGAUCGAUUGUCUGCCGACGGUUCACCUCUUGAAUUGAAUUUAUGCUACGAACGAGGAAAUUUUAAAACCUAGAAGUGCAUGUGAGCCAUGAGCAUCGAACCUUUUCGAAGGCUAGUAAAGUUAGUGGCAAGGGCAUUCUACGAUGAAGAGAUUCCUGCGAAAGGCCCCAAUCGAAGCAAGUCUGAUAAGUCUGAUAACAAGGGCAUUGCUGUUGUCGUUCUCGACGCCCUCACCAGGCGGCAAUGGGUGAAGGAAGAAGACUUGGCGAAGAAAUUACGGCUUCACCCAAAGCAGCUCAGGCGCACACUCCGAGUGCUAGAAGAAGAGAUGCUUAUUAUUAGGGAGCAUCGUAAAGAGACAGUGAAGGGUGCUAAGGUGUACAAUGCAGCUGUUGCGGCUGUAAGUGAUGGAACAACUGGGGAGAAAGAGGGCGAAGAGAAAUUAAAAUUGCAUACACACUCGUAUUGCUGCUUGGAUUAUGCACAGGUCUAUGACAUUGUUCGAUAUCGAAUACACCGAGCAAGGAAGAAAAUAAAGGAUGAGCUGGAGGAUCGUAAUGCCAUUCAGGAAUACGUCUGCCCGAAUGCUGGUUGUGGACGCAGGUACUCGGCACUCGAUGCUACUCGUCUUAUCAACCAGUUGACAGAGCUCUUCCAUUGCGAAAAUUGCGAUGCAGAGCUUGUUGAGGAGGCUGACAAGUUUGCUGUACCCGCUCCUGAAGGUGAUGGUGAGGACAAUGCCCGUAGGCGUCGACGAGAGAAACUCAGAGAGCUCUUGGAAAAGUUGGAUAAACAAUUGCAGCCUUUGCAUAUACAGCUAGAGCGCGUGAAGGCCUUAGUUCCACCAGAUUUUGGAACACUUGUGCAAUGGGAGAAGAGAGCCAUUAGUUCAGUACGUGCUGGUGGUGAAUCUAAUGAAGACGCUGCCAAGGCUGCGCAUGGUCAAGGCUCGACUGGACCUCCUAUGCCCUACAUGGGAGAAACCAAGGUGGAUGUUGUUAUGGCUGGCGCCGCUAAGAAUGAAGGGAAGGAUGAAACUGCCGCAGGCCCAACAAAGGUACUUCCACCAUGGAUGAUACGAGAGGGCAUGAAUUUAAAUGCUAAACAAAGGGGAGAAGCCCUGGAGGGAGAGUGGAAUGAAGAUAAUGGCGGCACUUCAAAUGCAGAUAUCAAGCCUGCAGAAGAGGAUAAGGAGGCCAUGCAGAAAAAACUCCAGGAGGAAUAUGUGAGAGCAUACUAUGCAGCCAUCCUAGCGUCUCAACAGAACGCUUCUCAACCUCCUAAAUCAGAAAAUAAUGAGAUGAGUUAUGUGGAAAAAGAUGUAAGCACUGAAGCAGCUGCAGAAGUCAGCGCAGGAGUGGUCGUCAAGGACGAGGGUGAGGACGACGAUGAUGUGGAAUGGGAGGAUGCCCCUGCUGCAGAGGUGCCAAUUGCUGGUUCAGGGCAUGACGAGAACCUUGAAGAUACAGAAGGUGCGCCAGUAGAAGGUCAAGGAGACUACGCUGGCGAGGCCGAUGAGGAUGAUAUAGAAUGGGAAUAGAGAUGAGAGGCAUUUAAUUUUGUUAAUAUAAAUCGAAAAAUACCCUUUUUCUAGCUUAUGUCUUAGCUGGAGUCCAAAAAUUCUUUUAGGUCAUGAAGACGAGGCAUGGCCGGUGUUCCCUAACACAGGUUCACCCCUCACAUUGCGACAAGAUGUUCAUGGCAGAGUUGAUCUUUGUGUUGGUAUUUUCUCAUUAGGAGUGAAGCUUCAUCUGGUAGGACAUCAGGAACAAGUAAGAAAAAUAUCUUUAGCUGUGACUCCUAUGGCAAGAUAUUGUGAGAAGUUAGUUACUCUGAGUUGAUAUUCAAGCCAAAAAAGUGAGGAAGAAAAGAUAGUUCUUCCAAAUUGCAAGUAAAAUCGAAAUUGUGAGCCAUAAGAAGUUGAUUGUAUAUUAAUCUUCGAGUUGUGCAGUUUUCUUUUA